CCCAGCCAAUCCGCGGCGGCCGGCGUCGGAGGCGAUCCGCCUCGUCCGCUGUCCUCCUGCCCCUGGCGCCGGAUCGCUGCUCGCUCACUUCGCUGCCGUGCUACCGCCGCCGCAGCCGCCGCGCUCCUCCGUCCUCGGACUCGCGGAUCGCCAAAGAUGGCAGAAGCCCACCAAGCUGUGGCCUUCCAGUUCACGGUCACUCCGGACGGGAUCGACCUGCGGCUGAGCCAUGAAGCCCUGAAGCAAAUCUACCUGUCUGGACUUCAUUCCUGGAAAAAGAAGUUCAUUCAAUUCAAGAACGGCAUCAUCACCGGCGUGUACCCGGCGAGCCCCUCCAGCUGGCUCAUCGUCGUGGUGGGCGUGAUGUCGACCAUGUACGCCAAGGUCGACCCCUCGCUGGGAGUCAUCGCCAAGAUCAGUCGGACCCUCGACACAGCGGGCUGCAUGUCCAGCCAGACGAGGCACGUGGUCAGUGGCGUGCUGUUCGGCACUGGCCUGUGGGUGGCCCUGAUCUUCACCAUGCGCUACUCCCUGAAGGUGCUGCUGUCCUAUCACGGCUGGAUGUUCGCCGAGUACGGCAAGAUGAGCCGCGCCACCAAAGUCUGGAUGGGCAUGGUCAAGAUCUUCUCUGGCCGCAAACCCAUGCUGUACAGCUUCCAGACGUCUCUGCCGCGCCUGCCGGUCCCUGCCGUGAGAGACACAGUGACCAGGUAUCUGGAGUCGGUGCGGCCUCUUAUGAAGGAAGCCGAGUUCAAGCGGAUGACGGCUCUCGCCGAAGAUUUUGCCGUCAGCCUCGGGCCCAGAUUACAGUGGUACCUGAAGUUGAAGUCCUGGUGGGCGACCAAUUAUGUGAGCGACUGGUGGGAAGAGUACAUCUACCUCCGGGGCCGGGGCCCGCUGAUGGUGAACAGCAACUACUACGCCAUGGACCUGCUCUACGUGACGCCCACGCACAUCCAGGCCGCCAGGGCGGGCAACGCCAUCCACGCCAUCCUGCUGUACCGGCGCAAGCUGGACCGGGGGGAGCUCAAACCGAUUCUUCUCUUGGGGUCCACCAUCCCGCUGUGCUCCGCCCAGUGGGAGCGGAUGUUCAACACGUCCCGCAUCCCGGGAGAGGAGACCGACACCAUCCAGCACGUGAGGGACAGCAAGCACCUGGUCGUGUUCCACAAGGGGCGCUAUUUCAAGGUCUGGCUGUACCACGACGGCCGGCUGCUGCGGCCCCGGGAGCUGGAGCAGCAGAUGCAGAGGAUUCUGGACGACCCGUCGGAGCCGCAGGCCGGGGAGGCGAAGCUGGCGGCCCUCACGGCAGGAGACAGAGUGCCCUGGGCCCGGUGCCGCCAGGCCUACUUCGCGCACGGGAAGAACAAGCAGUCCCUGGACGUGGUGGAGAAGGCGGCCUUCUUUGUGACGCUGGACGACACGGAGCAGGGGUACCGGGAGGAGGACACCGAGACGUCCCUGGACACCUACGCCAAGUCGCUGCUGCACGGCAGGUGUUUCGACAGGUGGUUUGACAAGUCGUUCACGUUCAUCGUCUUCAAAAACGGGAAGAUGGGCCUGAACGCCGAGCACUCCUGGGCCGACGCCCCCAUCGUGGGGCAUCUCUGGGAGUACGUGAUGUCCACGGACAGCUUUCAGCUGGGCUAUUUGGAGGAUGGACACUGCAAGGGGGACACAAACCCGAACAUCCCGCACCCCACCCGGCUGCAGUGGGACAUCCCGGAGGAAUGCCAGGAGGUGAUAGAGACGUCGCUGGCCAGCGCCAGCCUCCUGGCCAACGACGUGGAUUUCCACUCUUUUCCCUUCAACGCUUUCGGGAAGGAGCUGAUCAAGAAAUGCCGUGUGAGCCCGGACGCCUUCGUGCAGAUGGCCCUGCAGCUGGCACACUACAAGGACAUGGGCAAAUUCUGCCUCACGUACGAGGCCUCCAUGACCCGGCUCUUCCGCGAGGGGAGGACGGAGACCGUGCGGUCCUGCACCUCGGAGUCCUGCAGCUUCGUGCUCGCCAUGAUGGAUCCCUCCCGAACGGUGGAGCAGAGACUCAGACUGUUCAAGAUGGCCUGUGAGAAGCACCAGCACCUGUACCGCCUGGCGAUGACCGGCUCUGGGGUCGACCGCCACCUCUUCUGUCUCUACGUGGUGUCCAAGUACCUCGCUGUCGAGUCCCCCUUCCUGAAGGAGGUCUUGUCCGAGCCUUGGAGGCUGUCCACCAGCCAGACCCCUCAGCAGCUGGUGGAGCUGUUCAAUUUGGAGAAGAACCCGGAGUACGUGUCCAGUGGAGGAGGCUUUGGGCCGGUCGCGGACGACGGCUACGGCGUGUCCUACAUUCUGGUCGGAGAAAAUCUCAUCAACUUCCACGUAUCCUCCAAGUUCUCCUGCCCGGAGACGGACUCCCAUCGCUUCGGGAGGCACCUGAAACAAGCCAUGACUGACAUCAUCACGCUGUUCGGGUUCGGCUUCAGCUCCAGAAAGUAGUUCCCACGCCAGCCGCCGGGCAGGAACAUGAGCUCUUCUGAUUACAAGCCAAAUGAGAAAUCGCUGUCAAUCCCGAUCGUAGUCCAGGGUCAAAAACUCCUCUAAAGAAACUCGGAAGUUUUCUUGCCGUCAAGGGUUUGGUGUUUUUGUUUUUUGGUUUUGGUUUUUGUUUUUUUUCCCCAGAACAGCAACCUCCACCACGUGAAGUGGUCCCCCUACUCCUUUUAGGCAGGUCCCGACCUGGGGAGCAUGUGGGGAGGUGCCCCCGAAAGCCUUGGCAUCGACCUGUGUGUAUUGAGGGGUCAGAAUGCCAUGGAGCUCCUUGAGGAAUUAGUGGCCUUGUGGCUUCGCAGGUGCUGGGAGUGGUCGCACCCCCGGGGGCGGCCCUGCACCGGGUACUGAGGGGCGUUGACUUUGAUCCGAGUGGUGGAAGCCUGUGCUCUGUCCAGAGAGAACCCGUGUGAGUGAGUCAGAGACGGGAACGGUUCAGCGCGGACGCACGCGUGACACCCUAACCGAAACCGCCUUUGCCCCUGCAGCGCCCGUCCGCGUUGGGAGCCUGCGAUGUGUGUGUCUUUAGUUUUCCAGACCUUGCGAGUGGCCCAAAGCCAGUGCCUUAAAUACGGGAGGCCCCAAAUGUGAGGGAGACCAGACGAGGGGUUUAUUUUGUAAAUAAACAAAUGCAAUCACAGGUGUCCCACUCCUCAGCUCACUGAGUGGAUCGCCCUAAGGAGGCAUUUUCUGUGGCUCCCCCUGGGGGCCACUGUGUGGGUUCCCCCAUCACACUGCCUCCCUUUCGACAGUUGGCCUGCGUCAGACACGCGGAGCAUUGCCUAGGAUGCCCAGGUGUUAUAUGUCUAGCGCAGUAACAUAUAACAUUCCUGCCCAAUAACAUAUAGCGUAUGCCUCAGCAGUACUGCUUACCCAAACUGGUGGCAAGCUGACCAUGACCUUUGCCCCUGAGAAAGGAACAAAACUUGAGGAAAGAGAAGAGGAACCUCCAAAUAAGUGGUCAGGACAGGGCAGCGCCCAUGCGCCAGGCAGAGAGCUUUCUAAGCGCAGAUGGCAAGGGAGACGAGCCCCUCUGUCUCCAAAGGAGGUGGGGGAACCGUGCACUGGGUCAUCUUGGUGGCCAGCUAAAAUGUCACAGGCAGCGAGUGCUGGGUUGAACACCACCUACCCUUUAGACAGGAGUGCCUUAUCUAAAGAGGGGGAGUGGCCAAAAAAGCAACUGUGCACUGAAUCGACUUCAGUAUUUACCGUAAAAAGAAAGGAUCCUGGAAUGAAUAACCCACUGCCUCCGGGCAGUCCUGACCAGCUUGGCUGUCCCUUAAAGCAACUGGGUAUUUAUUUUUCUGACCACUUUGCCCUGGCUGGGCUUGCCUCCGGAGAGCCCUGCACCUGGGGGACGCAGGGCGGAGCUGCACUGCCUGCCAGGAGGAGCGGGGGGCCAGCCCGGAGCACGCCGGGUUUAUUCAUGUCUGUGUCGUAAUGUAAAAACCCUGCCUGGUGGGCCAAAGAUAUUUUUCUCUUAAAAGCAAGAAAGGAGAACGGGGAAAAAAAUUCCACAGUGUGAAAGCCCCCUGCUCGUCUGUGGUACAUAGUCUGGGAGGGACGGAGGCUGCAGCCCCUCUGCCUCGGCCAGCGGGGCUUCCAGUUCCAGAGCCCGUCAGCCCCUCAGAGCCCCCGGAAUCAUGCAUCACUGACCACUGACCAGUCUGCAUUACCCAGCGUCCAAAUGUCCAUGUGUUAGCACUCAAAUGUAUUUGGGCUUACCUCUCAGGUUUUAAAUAUUUUUGCAAAUCAGUGCCGUUGUCAAUGCAAUUUUUAUAUUCCUUAAAGGACAGAAGAGUGGAUUUUUUACUGUACUUUACUGUACAUGUGGAAAGGAAGAGGUAAGAGUAUUAUGUGUUUAAUUUAAUUUGGAACAAACCACGGUCCCACCAAGCCGAGGUUUGAAUUUGUUAUCUUGGACCGUGCAUAGCAUGUAAAUACAGUCUGCUCUUUCGGAUGUAAAUCUUAGAAACGCAGCAUGAAUAUUGCCAUUGAUAAAAACAUUAAUCCCAAUCUA